CUGUCAAUUUUUUGGUAAAUUUUCUGUUCAGAAAAUUUGUAAGAAAAUGGCUGAUCCGUUGAGCUUACUUCGUCAAUACAACGUAAACAAAAAGGAAAUUAUAGAACGAGAUGGCCAAAUUAUAUUCGGAGAAUUUUCCUGGCCCAAAAAUGUUAAAACUAACUAUCUUAUGUAUGGGUCAGGCAAAGAUGGGAUAGGAAAAGAAUAUUAUACCUUGGAAUGUUUAUUAUUUAUUUUGAAAAACUUGUCUUUUAUUCACCCUGUGUACGUACGUAAAGCGGCUGCAGAAAAUAUACCUGCAGUACGCAGACCUGACAGAAAAGAGCUAUUAGCAUAUCUUAAUGGCGAAACGGCAAGUUGUCCGGCAAUUGAUAAGAGUGCCCCACUUGAACUCCCUACUCAGGUUAAAAGAUCUGCAGAUUAUGAUGGACCAGAAAGUAUCGCAAAAAAGCCUCGUUUUGAGGACACCCAUGUGCAGAAAGUUAGGGAAAAGUUGGCUGCACGUCUGGACGCCCCAAAAGAAGCCUCUGUCACUGUUGAUAAUAUUAAAUCUCUUUCGGAAGCUAUGUCAGUGGAGAAAAUUGCAGCAAUCAAAGCCAAACGUUUAGCCAAAAAAAGAAACACUAUUAAAGGUAUAGAUGAUAUUGGUCAGGAAUAUGAUAUAAGAGCUAUUUUGGAUCUGGAUGUUGACAUUACAAAAGAUAUAAUAAGCAGGGAAAGACAGUGGCGUACAAGAACAACUAUACUACAGAGUACCGGGAAGAAUUUUGCUAAGAAUAUCUUAGCAAUGUUACACAGUAUUAAGGCUAGAGAAGAAGGACGUCAAAGACCUCAACCUAUACAGCCUCCGACUAUUACACCAAGGGCUACUCCAAUUAGGCCUACGACAACUCAACCGUCAGUCUACAAUCGUUAUGACCAGGAAAGAUUUAACAGACAAAAAGAUGAUACAGAAGGCUUUAAAAUUGAUACUAUGGGUACUUAUCACGGAAUGACUUUGAAGUCUGUAACGGAAGGCCAGGCGAAGGCUAGGUCUCAACAGCCGUCUCAGCAAAUCUCACAAAAUCCUUUGCCUGCUGAAUUUGCACGGCCUGCAGCUGGUGGGCUUCAAAAAAGAGUUUCUAGGACUCCUAUUAUUAUUAUACCAGCAGGUACCAAUUCAUUAAUCUCCAUGUACAAUGUGAAAGAUAUAAUACAAGACAUGAAGUUUGUUACCCAAGAACAAAAGAAGGCUAUGGGUGGAAAAAGGGACAAUGAAGUGUUGAUUCAGAGACAGAAAAAUGGACAAACUGUACCAUACAGAGUGGUAGAUAAUCCUGCAAAAUUGAGUCCCAGCGAUUGGGAUCGAGUGGUGGCGGUUUUUGUGAUGGGACCUGCAUGGCAAUUUAAAGGGUAUCCCUGGGAAACGCCUGUAGAAAUUUUUGAUAAAAUCGCCGCAUUUCACAUUAAAUAUGACGAGAUGAAAAUAGAUCCGAACGUAGAAAAAUGGAACGUCACCGUCAUACAACUGUCAAGGACCAAACGUCAUUUAGAUAGGGCCCAUCUAAUGGUGUUUUGGGAAAAAUUAGACAAGCACAUAGUGCAACAUAAACCCCAUCUUAGGUUCUAGAACAUUCAUAUUGACAUCCCUGUAUAUAUGUAUUAUUCUGUAGUAAGUCAAAAAGUUUAAUCACUAUGGGAACUUUGACAAAUAAGCAGUUCUCAACAUUUUGCUUAGCUGAUAUGAUUCAAAGUUCUGAUGAUAUAAAACUUUUUGAUCCUACUAAAUACCGUAUGAUCAUAGUAUAAGGAAACUAGUAGUUUUACUCCUUGUCAAAUCCUUUGUUCUUUUUCUGCCACUUUAUAUGACCUUGUUCACGCAUCCUGUGACCAUUGACGUAGCGGUAUAGUCGUCGUCUAUAACUAGGCGAAGUAUAGUCGUGGCACUCGCCAUAGUUUCAGAGAGAUGUAUUUAGGAAAAUAUGAGUUCACAAUAAAAAAAAAU